AUGACUACCCCCACAGACACAACCACCCCGCACCUCCAAGACCUCGUCCAAACAGUACACAAAAACCUCAAACACCUCGCCGACUGGUCCUCCCUCGUGAUCCACAGCUCCCCCUCCUUCCCCCGCCCCCUCAUCACUGGCCUCCCGCCCGACCCCGUCUACAUCGACCCCGACAGCGCCUCCACCUACAACGCCGAGGACAAGAACUCCCCCGAGCGCAGCCAGCACGAGUGGGUGCUCCCCGUCGACCUGCGCGAGAAGUGGACACUGCGCAAAUGGGCGCAGGUGUUUGAUAGCUUGCCGGAGGGAUAUUGGGGCGAGAGCGGAGGCAAGGUGAGGGGGAAGAGGAUAUUGCUGGCGGUGGUCUCGGAUGAUAGGGUGGCGGCGGUGGGAGGGGUCCGGGGUGCCCGCGCUGUUAAUGGGAAAAUGUUGUGCUCGAGAUACCAGAUAUUGCGGGAAUCAGAUGUGUCGCAUAUUGCCAUGGCGUACCAAGGUUUGAAACAGCAAGAGAGGCCUCUGGGACGAGGUUUCAAAGUUGAAAUUGGGAGUGGUGAUAUAUGGAUUUUAAAGAAGCAAAACGGCAUAAAUAGAGCAAUUACUACAAAAGAGUUCGUCUUGGAAGCGGCUGUUCACCACCGCAUACACAUAGAGCAGUGGGGUAGAUGA